AUGCGCGAGUUCAUGAGCUACGUGCAGAGCGCGUUCUACGAUGCCACCGGCUGGAACCGCGACAACUCGUACUCGACGCUCAACGCAACUGCAGAUGCACUCCUCAACUUCCCAACACCGCAGGGCCUACGCCUCACGCUCUCCUCUCUCGCGACCCCUCACUUUGCGACAUCAUACCAGCUCGGCUCCGUAGGCGUAGUCGACGGCUCUAUCUCCUACCUUUACUCCUCCGUGCCCCUCCGCGCGCACCUCACCCCGCAAUCCGAUGCCAUACCAUUGCCGGCGCUGCUGCGCUCCUACCGACCGCUCGCCGACCUCCCGCCCCGAACCUCGAAGCCUUACCCCCUCCUUAGCCCGGCCGCGGCCUCCCUGCUCUACGGCCGUUUGUACCUCCCUGAGUCCAUGCUCGAGGCUCUCGUCGUGAAGAAGAUAUCCCCCGCGCUGCAACUCCAGCUCAGCGCCGUCUCGGGAAAGUUUCUGCGCAACGGAGGUACCGUCCUGGGACUGGCUCAGUAUGACGUCGGCAGGUACGCCAUCGAAGGCUUAGGUUCGUCCGACGGCGGCCUGCUGGGCUUCAGAGGCGCAUACAACUUUGGUGGUGAUACAGAAGAUAUUCAAGCUCUACGAUCGGGCGGCAAGCUGGGUGGACACACGGACGAAGCGAAGGAACGAAUCUACGGACGCUUCAGCGCCGGCGGGGAGAUCUACUACGGCCUGCUUAACAAGUCGGGCGGCGUCAGUUUCGGCGGGCGCUUUGCGACGCUCCCGGAGCACCGCGGCACUCCGCUGACGGCGACAAUGACGAUCAACCCCCUGAUGGGCAACAUCAGCGCCAGCUACGCCGUAGUAGCAGGCAAGCACUGCAGUCUCGCGACCAGGAUGGACUUCAACGUGUACAGCUACGAGAGCGACUGGUCCGUGGGCAUGGAGCUGUGGCGCAAGAACUUGACCCGCAACCUCGAACCCGCCCUCUCGGCCGAGAGCUUUGUCAAAAAGGACCGCAGUUUCCAGGCAAAGCUGGAGUGGAGGCUGGAUGAAGAGCACGAGGCACCCCAGCUGCAGCCGAGGCUUGUCGUGGAAGAGCCAAAGCAGGAACGGCAGAAUAAGCCGAGAGAACGCAGCUUUCAGGCGAAGAUGGACGUCAUCAAGGCGCGGCUGGACCAGAACAUGAAGAUUGGGGUCUUGUGGGAGGGGAGGGUCAAGUCCCUCCUGUUCAGUCUCGGCAGCGCCAUCGACCUGCGCAAGCUCGACUCGCCGUUCCGCACGGUGGGCGUGGAAAUCCAAUUUUCAUCAUGA